AUGACUCAAAAUGUUUCUGUAAAAACCAUCAAUGAAUUUAUAAUCACAGGAUUUGAGACUUUUGAAAAGCCACUUGUUGUUGGUAUCAUUAUACUGAUUGUGUACAUUCUUGUAAUGUUUAGUAACCUGUGCAACAUCUGCUUUAUUAUAACGGAUAAACGGCUGCACCAGCCAAUGUAUCUGUUUAUCUGCAAUUUAGCAGUUGUGGAUAUGCUGUACUGUACAAGUUCAUGUCCAACUAUGAUCGGUGUUCUUCUAGUUGGUUAUAAAAGAAUAGCGUAUGGACCAUGCAUUGUUCAGAUGUAUGCUUUUGGUUUGGGCUUUGUGAUGGAAAUGCUUACUAUUACUGUUAUGGCACUCGAUCGAUUAAUUGCAAUAGUCACCCCGCUACAUUACCAUUCAAUUCUGACUAAUUUCCGUUCUGUCAUCCUCACUUUCUUGAUGUGGUUUGUGGGUUUAAGCUGUAUAUCUGUAGUGCCUGGUACUGUUCUUCCUCUUCCAUUUUGUUCCUCAACUGUAGCGUUCAUGUUUUGUGAUUAUGGAUCCGUAGUCAGAGCAACUUGUGUUAAUCCGAGCCCAUAUUUUAAUAUGAUGGCAGUAUUGACAUUUGUUCUGCAAUUUGGAACAUUCACCUUCAUUUGUGGGACUUAUAUAAUGAUAAUUGCUGUCAUUGUCAAAAUGUCUUCAAAGGGAAGCAAGAAAAAAGUGUUUAACACCUGCUUUAGUCACUUGAUAGUUGUAGUCUGCUAUUAUGGCCCUACUUUUGCAAUAACUGUUUUGACCAGAACAGGUAUAGUUUUAACUUUGGAGGAACGGAAUGGGUUAAGAAUUGGUACAAUUCUUGGCCCAUCCUUAAUAAAUCCUUUUAUUUACUCUUUCAGAACUAAAGAAAUUAAAAAUAAAGUGUUAAACAUGUUAUCUAAAGUUGAACCAAGUAAAGAAUAA